AUGCUGAUGCUGACGCGUGGAGUGCAAUCCAUGCACCCACUUGCCGCCGCUGCUGCUCCUUCUGCGACGACGAGUGGGUUAUUAACUCCCAUUGCCAUGAUCGCCACUCGCGCUGCUCCAGCUGUCGCCGCUGCCCAGUCCAAGCGAACUGCGAGCAGAGUCAGCAGCGGACGUAUGAAAGCAAUCUCCGACAAUCCUUCCAGCCUGACUGGAGGUCUGUUGCGACGCCACUUUAGCUCCACUGCGAUCGCUCAGGCAUCAUCAACGUCAUCAUCGUCAUCAGCAUCGGCUCAGGGCGCGGUGCCCAGCGUGUGCGAUGUGCUCAUCCUCGGCGGCGGAGUUGUCGGAUCGUCGACCGCGUACUUUACGUCGUCCAGGUUCCAACCGCGUGCGCCGGGCCAGCCGCCAGCUGCAAUUGCGCAGAGCUCAUCCGCAAGCAAUCCGCGCGUCGUUGUGAUUGAGCCAGACAGCUCGUACGCGUCGGGAGCCACGGCGAGGUCGGCCGGAUCGAUUCGGCUCCAAUUCUCAACGCCAGAGAACGUUCUCAUCUCGCAGUUUGGAGCCCACUUUCUCAAGAACUUGAACAGCUAUCUGAAAGUGGAUGAUGACAUUGACUUCAAGUUGCAUGAAAAGGGAUAUCUCUUCCUGGCCACCAAGGCAUCGGCAGGCGUCCUGGCCAGCAACUCGGCCAUCCAGAACAGCCUCGGCGCCAAGACUCUGCUGCUGACUCCGGAGGCCAUCCGGGAGCGUUUCCCUUACAUCCACACGGAAGAUCUCGACUCUGGCGCUCUGGGACUGGAGAACGAAGGCUGGUUUGACCCCUAUUUGCUCAUGACCCUGUUCCGUCGCAAGGCCAUUCAACAAGGCGUUCAAUACGUGACUGGAUAUGCCAUCGAUUUCAAGAAGGACUCGACCGGCAGGCGCGUGGAGCGUGUGGUCGUCCGACUCGCAGACGGGUCUGUCACAGAGAUUGGCGUUCGCUCGAAUGUGGUCAACGCGUCGGGCAUUGUUGGUGCAAGUCUCACCGCCAAGCUGGAUCCAUCGUUCGAUCUUCCCGUUCGGCCGCGCAAGCGCUUUGUCUACGUGCUUUCGCUGAAGGAGCGGCUACCAGACAACUGCCCAUUGGUGAUUGACCCUUCAGGUGCAUACUUUCGACCGGAAGGACAGCAGUACAUUUGUGGUAUGUCGCCUCCUGAGAACGAAGACCCGGACUGCACCGAUCUGGAAGUGGACUACAGCAUGUUUGAAAACACGGUUUGGCCCAUCCUGGCAUCGCGCGUACCUGCAUUCGAGUAUGCCAAGUGUGUGAAUGCCUGGGCUGGCCACUACGACUACAACACGUUCGACCAGAACGUAAUUCUCGGUCCCCAUCCCAAUGUCUCCAACUUUUUGCUUUGCAACGGCUUUUCCGGCCACGGUUUGCAACAAUCUCCGCAAUCGGGCGGGCGCUCAGCGAGCUCAUUGUUGACACAAAGUUCUCUACGCUCGACUUGGCUCGACUGUCUGCUGAUCGACUCUUCAACAACAUGCCUGUUCUCGAAGUGAACGUUGUUUAGCAUCGUUCGGCCACUUCAAGUCCAUUGUUAUGCA